AUGGACAUUUAUGUACAAACAAUAGAAUGUUCUUCUAAUAGUGCUACUGCUAUGUCUUCUUCUUUAGAUAAUAUUACUAGUAUUAACAAUGUUAAAACCAAAAAAAAAUUGUUCCAGAAUAAUUCAUUACAAAGAAAAAAUCUAAAACAUUUGAUAUUGUCCUCUAGCAAUAAUCAAAAAAAUGGUAUUAAUCAAAAUCUAUCCAAUCUGCCCUCAAUAAUUUCACAAAACGAACCCCUCGUUAAGACCAACACUAUUACUACCAUAGAUAAUAAUAAUAUUCCAAAUUUAGAAAAUAACAUGAAAUCCUUAUCAAUAAAUAAUAAUACAAAAAAUACAACCAUUAAUAAUAUACCACAACAAAUUGAAAAAUUCCAAUCAAUGUCCUUACGAAGAAAAUUUAAUCAUCGUUUAGAUAAUACUGCUAGAAAAUCAAACUCUAAUUCUUUACAGAUUUCUGCGUCCUCAAUUCCAUUUAUAUCUUCCCCGACGUCAUCAUCCUCAUACAUUUCAUCAUCUCCUGAUUCGAAUAUAUCAUCCUCACCAUUAAAAAAUAGCUUUACUUCACCGACAAAAACUGUGAUAACAUCCAACACUAAAUGGAAUUAUAAUAAUAGCAACAAUAAAAUAAUUGCCAACAAUAACACAUCAUCUAUUCCAAAACUAUCAGGUGAUAAAAAUUUCCAUCAUAUUCAAAAGAUUACAGUUACAACAUCUACAGAAGAAGUUAUUUGUAAAGAAGAAUGUAUAUAUCAACUACAAGAUAUGGUACGAUUAGGGAAAAUUGGUGAAGGUAAUUCAGGUACAGUAACUAAAGUUUUACAUGUUCCAACGUCAAAGAUACUCUGCAAAAAAACUAUUCCUAUUGAUAAAAAUAACGAGAUUGUCACUAAACAAUUAAUAAGUGAAUUAUAUAUUAUGAAGGCAAUCAGGAAACAUCCAAACAUCAUUGGGUUUUAUGGGGCUUUAAUCAACCAUAGUAUAAAUGAUGACUUGGUAAUAUUAAUGGAGUAUAUGGAUUGUGGAUCUCUUGAUAAAAUAUUAUCUGUUUACAAAAGUUUCAAAAAUAGAAAAAUGACCCAUGCUAAUAAAACAUGGUUUAACAACCCUAUGGUAAUAUCAAAAAUAUCAUACGCAGUUUUGACAGGCUUAGCAUAUUUAUAUGAUAAUUAUAAGAUUAUACAUAGAGACAUUAAGCCGUCAAAUAUUUUGGUGAAUUGCCAAGGUGAAGUGAAAAUAUGUGAUUUUGGUGUCUCAAAACAGAUAGUUAAUUCUAUUGCAAACACAUUCGUUGGGACGUCAACAUACAUGUCUCCGGAGAGAAUUCAAGGAAAUGUAUAUUCGGCAAAGGGCGAUGUCUGGUCAUUGGGAUUAGUUAUUAUUGAAUUGGUUACUGGUGAAUUCCCAUUAGGUGGACACAAUGACACACCUGAUGGAAUACUAGAUCUUUUACAAAGAAUUGUUAAUGAAAGUGCACCGUGCUUACCUAUAAAUGAUCCAAAUUAUAAUUUCCCACCAGAUAUGAUAGACUUUGUUUCUAAGUGUUGUAUUAAAGAUGCAAAACAAAGACCUUCCAUUAAAGAAAUGUUAUCUCAUAUAUUUGUUUUAAAAUACAAUGAUAAUGCUAGUGAAUAUUCAAAGGAUUUUAACCUUUGGUGUAAGAAAGUCAAAUCAAAGAUUAGAAAAGAUCGACAAAUUAGAAAAGAAGUAAUUGAAAGAGCAAAACUUGAAGCAAAAAAAACUAGUAACAUAAAUUCUUAG